CCUCCGCCGUUUGCAAGGCGGUUGCAGCAGCACCUCUGAAUUCCCUAAAAUUCCGUAUGAUUGUUUAUGCACCUUACUGUUAAAAACAUCAAAAUUCAAACUCUUGUCUUCUUCCAGGUAGCUUUGAAACUGGCCCAGAUGGCCAGGCUUUUUCGGAGGGAAAGGAGCAGUUCCCCGGUGAAAGUGGUGGAGACUCUCGGGACACCUGCACAGCUCUGGAGCAAGAGAUGAAGAAGUUCUGCUGUUAAAGCAGUUUGGUCACAGGGGGCUCCAACAGAAAACUGCACCAGGACAACAUCACAGCCCACAGGCUCGAGUUCUGCUUGACAUGGCCAUGUUCUACUAGCCCUGCCAUGACGGCAUUUUUCCCCAGUGUUCCCAACUGGAUUCAAGAUGCAAAGCAGGAGGAGGAAGAGACAGGCUGGAAAUUAGUCCCCAGACCAAGAGGUGAAGAAACCGACAGUCAGGGAAAAUGCCAGUGUGAACUAUCAGAGCCCCCCUUCCCUCACGUGGACAAGCUGAGAACUCACACGCUUUCCCACUCGGAGCAGAGGCCCUACAACUGCCCCCAGCUGCACUGUGGCAAGGCCUUUGCCUCCAAGUACAAGCUCUACAGGCAUAUGGCCACGCACUCUGCUCAGAAGCCCCACCAGUGCAUGUACUGCGAGAAGAUGUUCCACAGGAAGGAUCACCUCCGGAACCACCUGCAGACCCACGACCCCAACAAGGAGGCCCUGCACUGUCCCGAGUGCGGCAAGAACUACAACACCAAACUGGGCUUCAGGCGCCACCUGGCCAUGCACGCUGCUGCCAGCGGUGACCUCAGCUGCAAGGUGUGCCUGCAGACCUUCGAGAGCACCCAGGUGCUGCUGGAGCACCUCAAAGCCCAUUCCAGGCGCGCGUCCGGCGGGGCCAAGGAGAAGAAGCACCCGUGCGACCACUGCGACCGGCGCUUCUACACCCGCAAGGACGUGCGCAGGCACCUGGUGGUGCACACCGGGCGCAAGGACUUCCUGUGCCAGUACUGUGCUCAGAGGUUUGGGAGGAAAGACCACCUGACCAGGCACAUGAAGAAAAGCCACUCCCAGGAAUUGCUGAAGAUUAAGACGGAGCCCGUGGACAUGUUGGGUCUGCUCAGCUGCAGCUCCUCUGUGGCAGUGAAGGAAGAGCUGAGUCCUGUCCUGUGUAUGGCAUCCAGAGACAUGAUGGGUGGUAAGAGCUUCCCUGGCAUGCUGCCCGUGGGCAUGUACAGCACACAUCUCCAAACCAUGCCAAGCUCAGGGAUGCCCCAUUCUUUGGUCCCUAAUUCUCUUCCAAUGGGAAUGAGCUAUCCUCUGGAGUCUUCUUCUCCCAUCUCCUCCCCACCGCAACCUCCUCCAAAGUAUCAGCUUGGAUCUACCUCAUAUUUGCCUGAGAAACUACCCAAAGUAGAGGUGGACAGCUUUUUGUCAGACUUCCCUGGCAGCCUGUCUCUCUCAUCUGGUGAUCCUCAGUCCUCUUCGCCUCAGCCACCUGCCCUGGAUGAGGCUUUGCUUUCCAAGAGCCCUGCUAACCUCUCAGAGGCUCUCUGUGCUGCUAACAUGGACUUUUCUCAUCUUCUUGGCUUCCUUCCCCUAAACCUUCCUCCUUGCAAUCCACCUGUCUCGUCGGGGGGAUUGGUCAUGGGCUACUCGCAGGGGGAGGCGCAGCCACUGCUCACCACUUUGCAACAUCAACCUCAAGAGUCUCCUGGAGCCGGGGCCUCGCUGAACUUUGGGCCCCUUCACUCGUUGCCCCCCGUCUUCACCUCCAGCCUGAGCACAACCACGCUGCCACGGUUCCACCAGGCGUUCCAAUAAGCUGGAAAUAGCACUGGAGAACAGAUCUUUCAGUCACCCUUUUGUGGAGAGCCUUAAAAGCGCACAACUCUUCCUUCCUUGGGGGUGUGAAAGCUCUGGCAGAGCUGGGUCAGACAGGAGGUUUCUGAUCUCGGAGGGAGCACUUGUAGACUGGAACCCGUGCAAGUCCCAGUCCUGUACAGCAGAAAGAUUUCAGCUGAUAGACUGGAUAUAUUUUAUCUAAUUUUUAAUCUGUGAAUCAGGAGCCGCGCUUAGCACUGACCUUCCCUGAGAAUGCUGGAGCUGUAUUCCUCUCUGGGAAGGGACUGUCCCUCAGAAGGAGCUGAGACUCUUUCAUCCUGGGCUAAACUUUUGAAGAGUCCAGCUUCCAUUUCAUGUUACCACACUGCAAUUCUGGCAAACCAGCCAACACCUCCACACGGAGAAGAAGUCAUGAUACCACUCUGUAUGAAGCCAAUGGGGAAGAGCUGUCCUUCCCUGCUACCUCUCAUCCCAUCACCCAACACAGCUUACUCCACAUCAGUGUUAAGCAACAAGCCCGUUUACAUAGUGAAUUCAACGCCGCCUCUUUGGAGCUGUUAGGAUAAACUGGUUAUGGUGAACAUUGUUUACACAACACAAAUCUGUUUCUGCCAUUGCAAAAAAUAGGAGGCACCAGAAUACACUGGGUUCAUCUCUGGUGUAGCUAGAACACUGUUUACACAAUGAAGUCAGGUUGCACUGAUUUCUCUUCACUUAUCAUGUUCUUCCCCCAUGGGGAAAUCCACUGCUUUUGGACCACUUCAGCCUCUGCCCCUGUAGGCAGCAGCUUCCUGCCUUUUCUGGCUGGCUAUCCCGAGUGAAGGGGAUGGAGCAGCUCUCACAGCUCAGCUUGGUGUGUGGUGUAUGGACAGAGCCCUUUGAAAUCUCUCCCCCAGGCAAACAGAUCUGGAAACCAAAGCACGUCAGAGAGCUGGGUGAGGAGCUCGGGCCAUCGAGCACUGGCACACCAGGCGUGGGUGAGAACAGGCUGCAGGCCCUGCUCCACACCCUCCCUUGGGAUGAGGAACAGAGUAUGAGUUUCUGGGGUUUGGGCUUUUUUUAACCACUCAUUGAAGUCAGCACCCUUUUUGGCUUGUCCAGGAAGGAGUCUCAAAGGUGUAUUUUAACCUCAAUGGUGAUAACAUGCAAGAAUCAGGGAAACAUUGGUCCCAGCUUCAUGUAUACACUUUCAGUGUAUUUGAAGCAUUUCUCCCAACACCAAUAGUUCUAACAAAUGCUGAGGUUUGGGGCCUGCAGUCAAGUUUUCACUUUGGAUUUGGUUCCACUGGCCUUUUUUGUUGUCUCCUGCUCAAGCCUUGCCUCCUGAAGUUAAAGUCCUGCUUCCCUUGCUCCCUGCCCUACCUCUUCAACUCUUCCAUGGGCUGUCUACCUACCAGGGCAGGAGAGUUGUACUGGGAAGAGGCAGCCAGCUGCUGGUGUCACUUAGCACCUGUAUUGUCUCCUGCUCCUGUUUUCCUGGGCACUUCUACUGCAGAUGGGGACAUACGGAGGUCACUCUGCACUGGUGCAUGUUUGUGACCAUGGAUGGGCAGAUCUUCGUACCUCAGCAUGGAGGAACCAUUGUAGGCCAAUAUAAACCAGGAAAUCUGUCAAUAUUGUUCUCCAUAAAUCUAGGAAAUGCAAAAUCUACCUCUACUCUGUUAUCUCAGCUCCUUGGGUGAAGCCAGAUGCUGUCCUCCCCGUCUCCCCAGAGCACAUCCACCUCAGUUGAUGCAGAUUCCUUCCUGCUGAGCCAUGAUCCCACUGUGUGACAUCAGCUGUGCCUCUUUUGGUCACAGGCUUGUCCCCCUUCCAUUUUACUCCAGAAUUUUAUUUUUAAUUUAGCUUAGUAAUUCUUCCCAGAAUGACUCUUUAGCAAUCCAUUGAUUCUCCAGAACAUAGAUCGGUUGUUUUAGGUUAGCCAGCAAUGCUGCAACUGAGACUUUUGUAUCAAAAUGUAAUAUAAGAUUUAUUUACCUCAGCAAUAUCCUGUGGCAAUGAUCUCCCCGAGUUGAAUGCAGUACUUUUUCCUUUUCUCCACUGGAAAAUGUUGCCUUUCCAAGUCCAACGAGUGCCUUCUUGUUCUCUAACCUAGCAAAGGUAAACAGGGCAUUGCAGCCAGUCUGUUUACCAGCAUUGAAUACCUCAGGCCUGUCUUCUCUUGCUUUGCUCUUUGCAAAUUAAAGAGUUUCACACUGUUAUCAAUUAUAUGCAAGCCUUAUCCCUGUCUUCAGUUGAGAGGAUUAUUAUUUUUUGAGAAAUAAAUGGUCAGAACUGAUCACUCACUGGCAGUGAGGAUUAUCAGAUUUAUGCAAUGCCAUCACACACCUUCUCCCACUGCAGAACAUUCAGCUUUUUUGCUUCCUGCCUGCAUUGUACUCUGAACAGAUGUCAUCACUGGAAUUCCUUUAGCAGUGGUAGCUAAACUUAGAGCCAGGCAUCUUUUUCCUACCAGUAGUCUGUCAAAGAAUAAAUGGAAUUCAUUUUGCUAUGA